GUCGUCGCGCGUACAAAAACUCGCUCUUCUCCUCCUUCCUCCUUCCUCCUCUUCUCUUCUCUUCUCUUCUCUUCUCCCCUUCCUUUGCUGAAGCUCGCCUUCUCUCUUGGAGCUCCGGACCCGACCCGGAACCCGCGUCUGCCCCGACCCGGUUUUUCCCCAGGCAAUUUCUUCAUAAUCGGAAUGAGUGAGCAUCUUGUCCUCUGUGUGGAUCACUUCAUUACACCCGAGAGAUCACAAUCUCUUGAAAAGGCUGCAAAGCCUGCUGGAGAGGGUUCAUCUUCUCACACUGCUGAUCCGGCAACCUCUGCUGUUGAAGUCGAGGAUAUACAAGUCAUCAACACAUGCGAAGAAGAAGAACCUCUCAUUCAGACUGUUGAAUGUCGCAUUUGCCAGGAGGAGGAUAGCAUUAAGAAUUUGGAGACUCCUUGUGCUUGCAGUGGCAGUUUGAAGUAUGCUCACAGGAAAUGUGUGCAGCGGUGGUGCAAUGAGAAAGGAGAUGUAAUUUGUGAAAUAUGCCAUCAGGCUUAUGAGCCUGGCUAUACAGCCCCACCAGCUCCCCCGAACUCUGAAGACGCUGCAAUUGACAUAAGUGAGGGUUGGACGCUGGCUGGUGCUCCUCUGGAUUUACGUGAUCCUCGUAUUUUGGCAAUGGCUGCAGAACGCCAUUUUCUGGAUGCAGAGUAUGAUGAAUACGCUGACAACAAUGCAAGUGGAGCCGCAUUUUGCCGCUCUGCGGCUCUUAUUUUGAUGGCUCUUUUACUCUUAAGGCAUGCCCUAUACCUCACCAAUGGUGAUGAUGAAGAUGAUGCAUCUGCAUUUUUCUCUCUGUUCCUGCUUCGAGCUGCCGGCUUUCUUCUUCCUUGCUACAUUAUGGCUUGGGCAAUAAGUAUCUUACAGCGUCGAAGACAAAGACAGGAAGCUGCGGCACUUGCAGCAAGUGAAGUUGCAUUCAUGCUACAGGCAGGACAGCAUCAUGGUUUGCAGAUCACAAUAGAACCAGGACCUUCAGUGAUUCCUCAUCAGGAGCCAGUCCAAUCAUAGGCGGCUGAAUUUGCAGGCAUCUGCAUUACCGAAGAGUGUACUUUUACUGGUGGUUCUAGCAGUGAGAAACAAGGAAUAUAUAAUCUAUCUAUUUGAAGUGUGAAGUAUGCAACUCUUCACCUGAAAAUACUCUUUGAGGUUACAUCAAGAUUUUCUGUGUACAUAAUCUCCAAAUCUCGCUGGGGGAAGUUUGUUUUCACUGUGUUUAUAAAUCCAGAUAGUCACCUGAGCUGUUGUAUCUGCGAGAUGCUGUGUAUGAGAUAAUCGUAUUUGCCUUCAUUGUUGGAAAUUUCUGGGUUGAAGAAAAAGCAUGUUUUCAUGCUUAAUCUUUUCCUUUU